CAUCCAGCAGCAUCACCACGCUGCUAGCAGAAUGGCUGCGCCUGUGGAGAGUGUGACCAAACAUCCAGCUGAACGCUCGCCGUUCACCACCACGAGUUUUCAGAAGAAAACAAGGAGCAAGUUAAUCUCCAUACCUGGCACCAGACCUUCGGUUCAAAACGGACAGCUCUUAGUUUCCACCGGUGUCACCUCGCUCGACUUUCUGCUCGGUGGCGGGUUAGCAGUUGGAACAGUUCUUCUUAUAGAAGAGGACCGCUAUGAUAGCUACUCUCGUAUGAUCCUGAAAUACUUUCUGGCAGAAGGAGUAGUCUGUCGACAUGAACUUUUUGUGGGGGCUGCCCAAGACAACCCUGAUGACAUCUUACAGGAACUCCCUUCUCCCAUCUUGGAUGACGUCGCCAUCCAUAAACCAGCGGAGCAGCCGCAGCUGUCUCGUGAACCCCAGGACAGUUUGGAUGCUAUGAAGAUUGCUUGGCGUUACCAAAAUCUUCCUAAAGUACAGAGUGCUUUGGCAUCAUCAUCCCGCUUUGGCCACUACUACGACGUCUCCAAGAUGAUGGAGCCAGAAAUUCGCCAGGCGGCCAAGAGCCACCGCUUCUACCUUCCUGAACAUCCCACCCAGUCAUCAACCACACGCAGUCCAGUCCUUGAGUCCUACUCUGCAUUGUUGAAAUCACUUCAAGAGGUCAUACACAAGGAGGGCUUUGCUGUAGCAGCCUCCAUGUCAAAGUCACGCAACAUCCUGCGCAUUGGGCUUCACUCGCUUGGCUCAGCUCUUUGGGGUGAUGACCUCAGUUGCCAUGACAACCCCGCACACUGCCACUCCCUUACUACCUUUCUCUACGGGCUGCGUGCACUGCUGAGGUCAUCACUGGCUGUAGCGGUCGUAACUGUACCUUCAUAUCUCAUUCAGGACAGAGCUCUAAUGGGCAGCAUAACCAGGCUAUGUGACAAUGCCAUAGCGCUGGAAUCAUUCAAAGGCUCUGAGAGAGAGACUAACCCACUCUACAAAGAUUACCAUGGCCUGAUACAUGUACGACAGGUACCUCACCUGAACUGUCUGGCAAGUCAACUCCCUGACCACAAAGACCUGGCCUUCAAGCUUAAGCGAAAACAGUUCACUAUUGAGAACUCAAAGGUUAGAGGAGCUGUGCAGCACUUCUGGAUUGCUUUGACCUUCGCUCUGCACAUGCUCAGUGGGUUCACAGAGCCCAGAGCCAAGCAGACACAGUGUAGCCAGGACCUUGGGUGCGUGACAGCCAGACAACGGUGUGAUGUCUUUUUUUUUUUUUUUUUUCUUAACUCACCCACUGAGAAUGAUGUAUAUGUGAUUGAUUUUUCCCUAGCCCUCUCUCUACCGUGUUUACGCUGCAAUGAACUAAGCAGGACUGAGUCCAGGCUUGAUCAAUGUAUUGUUUUUCUUUUUCAAUCACACUUGAGUGAGCUGAAGACACGAAAGGUUACACAGGUGAGGUUUGGCAGGGGUGGAAGCAGAGCAGUGCUUGCGGAGGCCCCCUCAAGGCCAAUAUAUGAGCUCGCAUGGAUGUUUUUGUGUGUCUGGGAGUGGGGGAGUGAGUCAGAAAGAGCUACGUCCAAAGAAAAGUCCAACAACAUCUGUUUUAAACAACAUUCAUGUUUGGUUUCUGUGCCUUCAUCUUUUUCUUUCUCCAAGUGAGACUCGUCCCUCCUUGCCUCUUUAAGUCCUGUGUAACCUUACCUUUAUCAUCUUUCAUUAAAUUAUAGGUCCUUCACAGUGUGUCAGUGCUCACCUGCCCCAGAUAAUCUGCUAGGCUGCAUGAAGACUACUCCUCUUGUUUCCUCUACUUGCCUGACAAGAGUCUGCUCUCACACACACACACAAAGGCAACGUGCCCAGCAGAAAAGGGACUAGUCGAGCACGAUAUACCUCCAACCUGUUAGCCACAGUAGCCAGAGAGUGAGGCCUCAUAUCAGACAAGGACAUCAGGAAUGUAAAAACAUUUUGUGGUUCAGCUUAUGUGCUCCUCAAACAGUAUUAAGCAAAGGAAGGAUGUAGUCUGCCCUAAAGGAGUAAAGAGUGUUACGUAGUCUUGAUUUGAUCUCUUAGCAUUGACGCUGCUAAACCCUAUACCCAAACACCUAGUGAUUAAGAAAAAGAUAAGUAUCUGUGGGAGUGGAAGGAGCUCUCUUAAAGCUGGAUGUCUGGAGGGGGUACAGAUGUGGAAGGGUAGAGCUGGGAUGGGAGGUGUGGGGUUGGGAGGCAUGGGAGCGCAGGCUUUGACCAGUGGGUUUCAGAUGUCAUGGCAGAUUCUUUCGGCGGACAAAUGAUAGGGUUUAACUUCUCUUGUACCCGCUAUUCUUGUAUUCUGAUUUAACCUCCGUGAUAGACACUUGAGUAACCUGCUACUCAACACCAUUGUCAGACACACACUUGACUCUGGGGACACUUCACCUCCUCUCACGCUCUCAGCACCUCUUCAAGACUUUGUUCGUGGAGUGCCACUGGCGGCCUUUCUUGUGGCUUCAGGAGAGCCGAGCGGUGUAGCCCCUCUUAAGCUUUAUAGUGGUUAGCGUGUUAGCGUUAGGGGGCUUUACAUGAGUGGCCCUUUUGUGCUCUGAGUUGGCACAGGGCGGCUCCACAGAUAAGCUUUGCUAUGAAACGGCUAAAAGACUUGAUUCUAAUGACUCUUGAUAAGAGCACAGAGAAAAACACAAACAUGACAAAGAGAGAGCAAACACAUCUUGUUUGGUCCCAAAUAAAAGUGGAAGAAACCAGUUGACUGUACUUUUUACGGACAUAAAAAGACACUUUUCUUUAACAGAAAAACAAUGACUUGAAUAUUGAGUUAAGUUUAUCUGUUUUGACGUGGAAAUGCAUCUAUAGCAACCUAUUUCCAUGUCCUCCAGCUUGCUUCAUCUGUGUGGCCUUCUUCACCUCUUUUCCUUUUCUAAAUGGAGAAAAUAUUGACCAUUUCCUACAUGUUUAUCAAAAGUAAGGUUGCAAAAAAUAUUCCAAGGUGUUUUGUGUUUUUGAUCCAGGCAGUUUUACCACAGGGUGUCUGUUGGUGUCGUUGAAAGACUCACCAGACUUCUUUGGGCAGAUUGGACUGACGUGGUCCCUCAUUGGUUCAGAACGGUGUCCGUUUUGAUACUGUUGAUUAUAGCAGUCGUCUAAAUAGAAAUUACAGAUUGCAGAAUGUUGUCACCAACCCAUCAAAGUCUUUCAAACAAAGUCUUGCCAAUUUUCAGCCAUCUUUGAAAUGGCUCCAGGCAGCUGUUUCAGCCUACACCAGGUUUCUGUCUAAAUUAAUAGAUAGAGAUCCAUAACAUCACUGAAAUCACUCUGUUUAUUAAAGAUCGGUGACUUUGCCACAAAUUAAGCACCCAGAGUUUCGCCAACCUCAAACCUGUUUUACGGCUUAAUUCAGAGACAUGACACCGUCAACUCUGGCCCUUUCUUCUUUUGAUUCGCGUUGGCUCCUCCCACCGUAGCACUCAAACUGAACAGGUUUAUGUUAUCCUGUCUAUUGGCUCGGUUUCCUCUUUCUUGCUCGAUCAUAGCCCAUUCAGCCCGUCAGUCAUAAAUCAUGUGAAACUGUCUGAAUACAGUCAAAUAAAUCUAGGGACUGUGAGUGCGUAUUGAAAUGCAUUUGGGGGUCUGGGCAGUUUGUUUAAUCUUAUCGGGGUCCUUCAUUGAGAAAAAAUAUCUGCAGUUCACAACCCCACCCACACACACACACACACAUAUUCCAUGAGAGCUGUAACAGACCUAAAGCUCUCUGAAGCAUUUAGCAGCACGCUAGCAGGUUUACUCCACACUGCCAGUGCUGAGGGGAGUGGUGAAGCAUCUAAUGCAAUUUCAACCUAACAUGACUCUGUGAAUAAACAUCACUGACGUGUACCAUAUACUGUAUGUUAAACCACUGUAGCACUUUCUUUUUCCUCCAAACAGGCUGAUAUAAUACUCUAACCCCCCCCCCCCCAACACCACCACCUCCUUCUCUG